ACAAUUUAUCAAGAAUUGUAAUUGAAAUUGAAAUUUCAAUAUAUUAUACUAAAUAAGUUAUUCACAAGCAAAAUGACUACCGACAAAUAUUCUAUUAUAUUGCCCACAUAUAAUGAGAGGAGAAACUUACCAAUUCUCAUAUAUUUAUUGUCUAAAACCUUUGAACAACAUAAGAUUAAUUGGGAAGUAAUUAUUGUUGAUGAUGCUUCACCUGAUGGAACUCAAGAUGUAGCUAAGAAAUUAAUUGAUAUUUUUGGUAAAGAUCAUAUUCAAUUAAGAGCAAGAGCUGGGAAAUUAGGUUUAGGUACAGCUUAUGUUCAUGGAUUACAAUUUGUUACUGGUAAUUUUGUAAUUAUUAUGGAUGCCGAUUUCUCUCAUCAUCCUGAAGCAAUUCCCGAAUUUAUUGCCAAACAAAAAUCUCAAGAUUUUGAUAUUGUAACUGGAACAAGAUAUGCAGGUGAUGGAGGAGUAUUUGGUUGGGAUUUAAAGAGAAAAUUAGUUUCUAGAGGUGCUAACUUUUUAGCUGCCACAGUAUUAAGACCAAAUGUUUCUGAUUUAACUGGUUCAUUUAGAUUAUAUAAAAAGGAUGUAUUAGCCAAAAUUAUUGAUGAAACAAAAUCAAAGGGUUAUGUUUUCCAAAUGGAAAUGAUGGUUAGAGCAAGAUCUUUAGGAUUUAGAAUUGGUGAAGUUCCAAUUAGUUUUGUUGAUAGAUUAUAUGGUGAAUCCAAAUUAGGGGGUGAUGAAAUCGUUGGAUACUUAAAGGGGGUAUGGACUUUAUUCACAAGCGUAUAAAACUUGUAUAAUUUUAAGAAUUAGCUUUAAUGUAUACUAUUAAAUAUCAUAUUAAUUGAAUUGAAAUUGUAGUAGAAAACAGAAAUGUCUAUAUG